UCUCUCCAUCAAAAUGAAGAGACCAAAAAUUGUUGCAGAUUUUCAAAAUCAUCUCGACGCCAUGAAACUCUUCUUCUUCUUCUUCUCCUUCUCCUUCUUCUUCUUCCUGGGUGAGUCAUCUUCUUCAACCUGCAACCACUCUGCAGAACACUCCUUCCUUUCUAGGGCAUUCGCCUCGGUGUCCAAUUUCGACAUUUCCUGGGUCUCCCACCCCAACUGCACCUCCAUCUCCAAAAUUCACCUCCCGUCGAGAAACCUCUCCGGCACAGUCUCAUGGAAGUUCCUCAGAAACAUGCCGGAGCUCCGGAGCAUAGAUCUCUCCAACAACUCCCUUACCGGCUCAGUUUCGCCGUCGCUGUGGCUCCUUCCCCGCCUCGCCGAAAUCGAUCUUUCAAACAACCGGCUCGGCGGCGUCGCCGGUCCGUCUAAACCCGGUUCAGUCAACUCCUCGUCUCUCCGAAAGAUUGAUCUCUCUUCUAAUAGGUUCAAGAAUUUCGUCCAUCUCUCGAGUUUUCCCAACAUUAGCUUUCUCAAUCUUUCCCACAACGAUCUUCAAUGGGUUUCGCCAUUUUCGUUCACCAACUUAACGAACCUCGAGUACCUAGACAUUUCUGGGUGUAAUAUUUCGGGGAAUUUAAGGUCACUUUCUGGCCACCGGUUCCUGAAAUAUCUCGACAUCUCUAGCAAUCAUUUCACUGGAGAUUUCCCCAAUGAUUUCCCACCGUUGGAUCACCUCCAGUUCUUGAACAUUUCGUUCAAUAACUUGUCGGGGUUUCUGGGGGCGAAGGAGGUCGGAAAGUUUGGUAAAUCUGCGUUCAUUCGCGCCGGCAAUCUCGUACCAAGAAAUAACACAAUCAAGAAACCCGAUUUACACAUUAAGGCUCACCCACCUACCCCACUCCCCCGUAAAAAACCCCCUCGAGGUAAGGGGCGCGAAGUCCCCAGCCCGAUCAGUGGAAAGAAACCAAAAUCGAAGUCUCGAAAAGAUUUGAUCUUGGCUGUAUCGUUGGCGUCUUCUUUCCUACUCAUCCUGUCCGUCGGCGUUUUCGCAUGUUGUCUGCGCAAGAGAAGGAAGAUAGCUAGACAAAACAAGUGGUCCAUCUCGAACCCGAUCCAAAUCCCGUUCCGGGUAGAGAAGUCCGGCCCGUUUUCGUUCGGAACCGAAUCCGGGUCGUCGUGGAUGGCUGACAUCAAGGAGCCGACGUCAGCUCCGGUGGUGAUGUUCGAGAAGCCGUUGAUGAAUCUCACCUUCAAGGACCUGAUCGCUGCCACGUCACACUUCGGCAAGGAGUCCCUCCUGUCCGAUGGAAGGUCCGGGCCCCUCUACCGAGCUGUGCUCCCGGGCGACCUCCAUGUCGCCAUCAAGGUCCUCGAAAAUGCUCGCGGUCUGAACCACGACGAUGCUGCGGCCAUGUUUGAAGACCUUUCGAAGCUCAAACACCCAAAUUUGCUACCGAUUUAUGGCUACUGCAUUGCAGGGAAAGAAAAGCUUGUCCUGUCCGAAUUUAUGGCCAACGGCGACCUCCACCGGUGGCUGCAUGAGCUCCCUACCGGCGCCCCGAACGUCGAGGACUGGAGCGGCGACACGUGGGAGGUCCAGAACGGGCCGUCGUCGCAGGCGACGUCUCCGGAGAAAAUGGAGUGGCGGACGCGCCACCGCAUUGCCGUGGGGGUCGCAAGGGGGCUUGCCUAUCUCCACCACGCGGGGUCUAAGCCGGUGGUGCACGGCCACCUGGUGCCGGCGAACAUCUUAUUGGCGGACGACUUCGAGCCACGGAUCACCGAUUUUGCGCUGAGUCAGAGUGGACUAGGAGGCUCGACCGAGGAUGACGUGUACUCCUUCGGGGUUGUGUUGGUCGAGCUGUUGACCGGUCAACCUAGCACAAGCGAGACCAUUGACCUGGUCCGGAAGUUGGUCAAAGGUGGCGAAGCCGCGAGUGCGUUGGACUCGAGGCUAAAAAAUGGCGGCAGCGACUUGGUGAGCGGGAUGGUGGAGUGUCUUCGGAUAGGAUAUUUGUGUACGACGGAGACGGCGGCCAAAAGGCCGACAAUGCAACAAGUGUUGGGUUUGUUAAAAGACAUUAAUCCUUCGCCUUUAGAGCUAAUCUAAUUCUGACACGAUGGACGGACGAUGGAAAGAUUAGCUGCGAUUAAGAAUUUAUAGACAUGGUUAUCGAUAAACGGUAGUGCAUACAAGCUCCCGAGAUCCCAGCUCCCGGGUGAAUCUGUACCAUGAGCUGUUCCGGCCAACGGUGUAGAUUCCACCAGGAUCUGAGAUCCAGGGAGCGAUCAUGUUUUUGAGUUAAAAGUCCAUGGAUGAAAUCAAGGUGUCGAUUGUACGGGGAUCAGACAAGGGACGUGCCAGAAAUUCCAAAUGUGGUUACUACUGUAUUAUAUUAUUACAAGAUCUGGAAACUGCUUUACGCCUCUUUGCUUCCUUUAUUAA